AAAAGAGAGAGGCGAUUUAGUAGGCGGGGCCGGGGAGCGCCUCGCGCCGCGGAGGCGAGGCGAGGCUUGCAUCCCUGCACGUUAAAACAUGGACAGAGUUGCAAGGACCUCAAACGACAACUGUUCAGAUUCGGAAACUCAACAAUGUUCACAGAACUGUGCCAGUAGUCACCCACUCUUCAAUCAAGCGCGGAGAAAUGCAUGGCUACCCAAGAGAACCAUCACCAGGACCCUCUUAAAUGUGAUCUUCCUAAGCCUAAUUACUCCAUUUUGCUUAGGGAAAGUAGCCUGCUGCAUUGCAUUCAGGGGAUACUCGUCUCACAAAAUCGUCUUUUCGGCUACCCUGUUCCUGAUGGUUUUUGGUGCUUCUUACAACGGACUGAUUGAUCGGUGUUUUCAGCAACUUGGAGAGGACUGGAAGGACUUCUCCAUUUGCGAUUGCAUCCAGGGUGAAACAAAGGAUCUAAGGUCACUCAUAAAGGCUACCCACAUUUUGGAAAGAAAGGCGCGUCAAAUCCCCUUCCUGAAAGAGGAGCUGCACCAGCUGCAAUCCCAGCUGCAUGUUCUGAGCUCAGAUGCGAACACCCUGGCUCGUCGUGCUGUCAGCAAAGUUCUACAAAGCUACGUCAGCAAAGGCGUCACAACAUGGAGCAUUCAAAAGAUGCUGGAAAAAAUCAUGCGCAAGCUGGAUGAAGAUGAAGUUCAAAUGCCUGACUAUGCCCUCCAGUCAUCAGGUGCUCACAUUGUUUGGUCCAGAACCACAAGGAGCUAUCGCCACGAGGGAGGAAACUAUUUCUGGGGGCCCAUCAAGGUGCUCCCGUAUGUGAAAUCUGCAGAUGUCAUUCUUCAGCCUGAUCGCUCUCCUGGAAACUGCUGGCCUUUUCCUGGACACCAAGGUGAAGCUCUUGUUAAACUAGCCACGGCAAUCGUCCCAACGGCUGUUACAAUAGACCACAUAUCGAAGAACAUCUCCCCCACCGCAGAAAUCUCAAGUGCUCCCAAAGAUUUUGCCAUUUACGGAUUAAAAAAAGAAGAGGAGGACGGGACUUUCUUAGGCCAGUUUGUUUAUGAUGCUGAAGGACCCAUGGUGCAGACUUUCCAACUGAAGGGAAACUCUUCCGAUAUUAUAACCCAUGUGAAACUGAAAGUGCUCAGCAACUGGGGCAAGCCCGCAUACACCUGUGUCUAUCGCUUCAGGGUUCACGGAGACUGAGGAAACCACUGAGCAUCCUGUGGCUGGAACAGAGUUGCCACGCCAUACAGCCAUGAAUGUGCUGGGCUGUUUUUCAGUUAAUACAAAACGUGUAUCGCUGACCAUUAAAAGCUUGCCAAAA